AUGGCAGACACGGCCAUCAUGGAGUCUAUAGAAUUAUCACAAAGGAAGAGAACCGCAACUCCAGCGUCACCUACAUUACCAACUAGUUCAUCAGACUGGAGUGGCCAGAGUACAUCUUUGCUGGAAGAGAACCUGGUGCUAGAUCAUGGUCACACUGACGAGGCUACUUCAUUGAGCUUGAGCCAACUAAGCCCUGUGGAUAGAAAGAAUUUCUUUAUCCUUACUUUACUUUAUCUACUUCAAGGUAUUCCAGUUGGUCUAGCAUUCGGGUCAAUUCCAUACCUUUUGAAAUCCAAUCUCAGUUAUACCCAAAUCGGUGUGUUCUCAUUUGCCUCAUAUCCAUAUAGUUUGAAAGUAUUAUGGAGUCCCGUCGUAGACGCUAUUUAUAGCCGCAGUUUUGGCAGGCGUAAGAGUUGGAUUGUUCCUAUUCAGUUUGUCAGCGCAUUCGUUUUGAUCAUCCUUGGCAGUGUUAUUGAACCUUACAUGGAAGAUGCUGAAAACCAGCUCAUAACCAUUACUUUUUUCUUUUUUAUUCUUGUAUUUCUAUGUGCAACUCAAGAUAUUGCGGUUGAUGGUUGGGGUUUGACAUUGCUAACUCACGCAGCUCUACCUUAUGCCUCUACCGCUCAAACUAUUGGUCUGAAUACUGGAUAUUUCACUUCUUUCACUGUAUUCCUGGCCUUCAACUCUCCUGACUUUGCCAAUAAAUAUUUUCGAGUAGUGCCUAGUGAUGAUGGACUGGUUUCUCUUAGUGGCUAUCUUAAAUUUUGGGGUGUUGUCUAUUUAAUUACCACCACACUAGUUGGUUUAUUUAAGACUGAGGAAAAAUCAAAGUCGGACGGUGACGGUGGUAUUGCAUCUGUCUAUAAGACUAUGUUUCAGGUUUUGAAGCUUAAGAAUAUCCAGAUUCUUAUUUUUAUUCAUUUGAUCGCCAAGAUUGGCUUUCAAGCUAGUGAAGGUGCGACGAAUUUGAAGCUUCUCGACAAAGGUUUAUCUAAAGAAGAUUUAGCGCUGACUGUUCUCAUUGACUUCCCAUUUGAAAUCAUUUUCGGCUAUUAUGCUGCGAAAUGGUCAACAGGAAAGGAUCCUCUUCAACCCUGGAUUCUGGCAUAUUUAGCAAGACUGGGAUGCGCGUUAUUAUCGAUGUUCCUUGUUAUGCUCUUUCCUAGUGACGGUGCUGGCAGUGGGUAUUUACUGAUGAUUAUUAUUGUUCAUGUGUUAGGCAGUUUUGCUUCCACGAUCCAAUUUGUAUCGAUCAAUGCUUUUCAUACUCAGAUUGCUGAUCCUAUAAUCGGUGGUACUUACAUGACUAUCUUGAACACAAUUUGUAAUUUGGGUGGUCAAUGGCCUAAGAUCAUUGUUCUCAGUGGCAUUGACUGGUACACAGAGGCGACUUGUUCAGCUGUAUCUGCUGCUACUGGUGACGUUGAAACAUUCUCAUGUGCUUCCAAUGCUGGCAAAAAGCAAUGCACUGAUAUUGGUGGCCAGUGCAAUAUCUCCAAAGAUGGUUAUUAUGUCAUGAACGUUCUCUGCAUUCUCGUGGGUUUGACGCUCUUCUUUGGGUAUAUUAAAUCCAGAAUGCAGCAGCUGCAACGUCUUCCAUUGUCAUCGUGGAGGGUGGACUAG